AGGGCCGCCCGUUGGACAAAAACGGGUCAUUUAGGGACGCGUCCCUAAGGGGACAAGGUGCCAGCGACUCAAGCCCAUACUUCUAGCUCCUACGCCUCAGUGGGGCUCUCCCUUCCCUUUCCUCCAUCUCUGCCGCCAACUCCGCCAGGACACUGGAACCGCCUCGUUGUCCCGCCACCAUGACUGUUACAAAGUCUCUCAACAAUUGACUUCCCUCACCGCUCCUCUUCGGAAUCCCUUUCGGGGCUCGCAGGAUAACUACGACCUCUUUCCUUACCUCUCCCAACUCUGCCUCUAGGGAGGGGGAGGACGGAGAGGAGGGGCGUCCGUUCCAGUCGGCGUCGCGUAGCUGCCGCGCCCACCGGCCGCUCCGCCCCUUCUCGCUCCCAACUCUCCCCUCGCCCUCGGAGGCUCGCGCUCCCUUUCGGGUGUGGAGCCAAAACGGCGGGCGGAGGAGAGCGCGCAUGCGCGUUGAGGGUGGAGCCGCUGGGUAAAGGACCGGAAACUCAAGAGACAAAGUUCCGAGCCUCACCCCCAGCCCCGCCGACUGGCCCAGCGGACCCACCGCAGAGCUGCCGACGGCCCGUGGAUCUGCCAUCCUUUCGACUGCGCCAUGUCUGGUUCAUCCAGCGUCGCGGCCAUGAAAAAAGUUGUUCAACAGCUCCGGCUGGAGGCCGGGCUCAAUCGGGUGAAGGUUUCCCAGGCAGCUGCAGAUUUGAAACAGUUCUGUCUGCAGAAUGCUCAACAUGACCCUCUGCUGACUGGAGUAUCUUCAAGUACAAAUCCCUUCAGGCCCCAGAAAGUCUGUUCGUUUUUGUAGUAAGACAGAUCUUGACAAGGUUUUCCAAACCACGUUUCAUAAACCAGUGAAUAUUCAAAGGAAAGCUAAAUUUGAAGCCUGUACAAAAGCCUCUCUGUAACGUGCCAUACUAUACAAACUUCUACUUUUGUCAGUCCUUAAUGUCUACCUCUCUGAAUAUUCAUAAUUUUCUGUUUCACAAGGGCAAUUAUUUUAUAUACACUGAUGGCAAUAUACAAUAAAAUACUUAGUAUAAAAAUUUUAUGUAUUAAUUUGUUUUGAACACUUAAAAAAUGAAAAUUUCCCCAUCAUACUUUAAAGUGGUUAAAUUUUCAGUGUUCUAACAACUCAUCUCAUAACUUUAUGCCAUGUAUUUAUAAGAUUACUAGAAAAUUAAAGACUGCAAAGUUAUUUUUUUUAAGGUCAGGAGAAGGCUGCUAAUAAUACCAGUUUCUAUUCAUGAGUUACUUACAUGGUUAACUUUUUAAUAAACUCCUUUGUUGGGUGUUA